AUGAAGAGAGAAAAGUCACGGGUGGAAUGGCAAGCAGGAGUGGCGCCACGGGAUCCUGAGGCCGACCGAUACUGCAUAAGAGGUACUGGCACAAGAAUCUCUGGAGUGGGAAGAUCGGAGGCCGGAAACCCAACUGACAUGUCAGCCGAACUAGAAGAACCCCAGCAUCUACAGAGUAAAACGCCCUUAGUAUUUAAGAAGGUAUUGCAGCUGUAG